AUGAUACAUACCACCUAUCCGAUUGAAGAGAGAAAGGAAAAGAGGGAAAAGUUUUUAACCCAUUUGUCAGAUCAGAAGCACACGAGCAAGGUGAAAAGACAAUGUUUUGAUACAGAACUAUUUGGCGGACAAAGGAACCCCGGAAAUCGGGGAUCUAAUAAUGCAUUUAUUACUGCCGCUUCUGGAACUGAUUGCGUCCCAUUCGUCAAUAUUCCAGAGGGAAGUGGGAUGGCCGGUAUUGUCGAAGAGGGCAAAG